ACUACUGAAAGGCUCAGAUUCAAAUCAAGAUGAAGUCGUUCGCAAGCUUUUCCCUUGCUUUAUUAGCAGUCUUGGUUUCCGUUUCAGCUGGAAAAACAGAAAGAGCGGCGAAAGCAACAUCGCUCCGACACUACAUGGGCUACACGGGCCCCAGUCAAACAGGCGUCCACUUUGACUUCCUCACCUACGACGCUGACUUGAAUUUAGUCGGACUGGACAACCAAAUUCGUAGCGCGUGUCAGGCUGGGCUUUGGAUGGUGUACGAAAACAUCGAGUACAAUUACUUCGAGCCUGGCAACGUGUGCAUCGUGCCCGCUUUAGAAGACUGCUUCGACCUGUCGGCUGCCUGCUCUGGAAUGGUAUCAUCCCUGCGCUACGCGGGAAGUUCUGAGGGCAUGAAUGACGAUUUCUACAACAUGUAUGGGGCUAUCAACUAUCAAGGCUUGGAAUUUAAAGGCAACAACACAUCGCGCGAUGUCGGGAUUUUGCAAGGCGAUGUUUCGUCGGUUAUCGUUUCGGGUACAGGGAGCUGGACUUUCUACACGGACCGAGAAUUCAAUGGAGCUUCCGUGUGCGUGGUUCCUGACAGCAAAUAUUUAGGCAGCGACGGCACAGCCUUGAACUAUGGCCUUUUUCAAAACUUGGGCGAGCUUGGCUUGAGUGACGGCGGUAUCGGGUCGUUGAUCAAAGGAUGCUUCAGCGACACCGUCGUGAGCGCCGAGGCAGUGAGGGCCAAGAGAGAGGCUGCAGCUUCUGCUGGACUCGCCUGAAUUGUCAGUCAAUUUUGAACCACGUUCUCCGAUAGAAGAAGCAACUCUUUUUCGAAUUUGGAACGUCAAGAAAUAUUUCUCAAUAAAAUAUAUGCUGCUUAAAUUUGA